UGACCGCAGCCCGAGCCAAUGGCAAAAACCCUCCUGAAGCCCGGCCCCGCGGAAGGAACGGUUUCAGAGUUGUUUGUUUCUCUUUGAUGAGGCACUCUGCCUUCCUCUGGCUUUUACUCUGUGCGUGACCAGCUCAACCUCCAGAAGCAGUUUAAGGCGAGGGACGAGAGAGAACACCGGCCAGCCGGAAGGAUGAAGUACCUACUUGACUUCAUCCUGAUGCUACCCUUGCUCAUCGUCUUCUGCAUAGAGUCUUUCGUCAAGCUUUUUAUUCCCAAGAAGAAAAAAUCAGUCGCCGGAGAGCUUGUCCUGAUCACUGGAGCUGGUCAUGGAAUUGGAAGACUGACUGCCUACGAAUUUGCCAAACUUAAUACCAAAUUGGUUCUCUGGGAUAUCAAUAAGAAUGGCAUCGAGGAAACAGCUGCAAAGUGCAGGAACCUUGGUGCCCAGGCCUAUCCCUUUGUGGUGGACUGCAGCAAGCGGGACGAAAUUUACAGUGCUGCAAAUAAGGUAAAGGAGGAAGUUGGAAAUGUUAGCAUUCUGGUAAAUAAUGCUGGUGUUGUCUACACUUCGGAUUUGUUUGCUACACAAGAUGCACAAAUCGAAAAGACUUUCGAAGUCAAUGUGCUUGCACACUUUUGGACCACAAAGGCAUUUCUUCCAGAGAUGAUGAAGAAUAAUCAUGGCCAUAUUGUCACCGUGGCAUCAGCAGCUGGGCACACAGUGGUUCCUUUCUUGCUGGCUUACUGUUCCAGCAAGUUUGCUGCUGUUGGCUUCCACAGAGCCCUGACGGAUGAACUGGCUGCCCUAGGAAGAUCCGGAGUCAAAACUUCGUGUCUCUGCCCUAACUUCAUAAACACCGGCUUCAUCAAGAACCCGAGUACCAACUUAGGACCCACCCUGGAACCUGAAGAGGUAGUAAAACAUCUCAUGUAUGGGAUCCUCACUGAAAAGAAGAUGAUAUUUGUUCCAAGUGCUUUAGGGUUUUUGAUGGUGUUGGAAAGGAUCUUUCCUGAGCGGUUCCUGGCAGUUUUAAAACACAGGAUCAAUGUCAAGUUUGAUGCAGUUAUUGGCUACAAAGAUAAAUGAUGAAGACUGCCUGGUUUUCUUGAAGGCUGAUUUACUGGACUCAAGUUGAUUUCUUCCAAUAUGAAUUGAAAUUUUAAUGUUUUUGACUUGUUUUUCUCAUGAUCUUGUCCUUUUGAAGUGUGACCACACUCAUAAAAGCCAGCUUCACAUCACAAAGCCAAAAGGCCUUAAGAGUUGCUAUUACGAAAAAGGGGGCUGAGAGAGGAUGAUCAAUUUCAUAACAAUUUCCCCAGAUUUUGUAUCUCAUCACCAAGUUUUCAGAACUCAAUUUUUAUUUAAGAUAUUUGUAAUUGCACUUUUAGUUUAUGUAAUUCACAUUUCCUCUUCUAUUCCAUAUGAAAUUAUAAACUUUACCCUCUCAAGAUAGAAUGAAGGACUGUGUCUAGUGUCAUUUCACAGUGGUUUCAUGUGCUCUGAAACAUCCCAUCUCAUACAUCAGCGCUGUUGCCUGAAAUGCCAGCCCAAGGGAGCUGGGGGGUAGAUGCUAUUGCAAGGAUAAAAGCAUCUGUCGGAUUUCAGGCAGAAGUAUGGGAGAAUAACUUACAAAUGGUAACAAUAAAUGGACAAGAUUUCAA